AACUCCAAAGCAACCACAACCGUUUGCCGCUUUGCGCUGACCACAGCGAUGGAGUGAACUGUUUUGUCCGCGCAGAGCUGCAAGAGCACAGGCAAGAGGCCCAGCCCCACCAUCCUCCCGGUCCUGGCGCCGCCUCCGCCUCCUCCUCCUCGCAGGAGAGCAUCACUCUCAGUCAUCCACCGCUUGCUCUUGAAUUCCUCCCAGCGAUUCGAAACCCAUCGCCUCUAACCCCGCGAUUAGAUUACCAGGCGGCUCAUUAAUUUCGCUCCAAAUUAAUCCGCGUCCAUCCACAGCAGCCCAUGCCCAGCCAGCAAAACCACCAAACCCAGCGAGAGCAGCCGCAGCAAUUUAUUGCCUUCCCCACACAUCCCCCUCCCCCUACCUCCUCGCCUCGCCUCGCCGCCAAUCUCGUCGUCGCUCGCUCCCCUAUCGAUCCCCACCGCCCCGAACCAGCGCUUCCAGAUCCGCCAAGCGGACAAUGCAGUAGCGCCCCAGGCCGAGAUGGGCGGCGUCGGCGGCGGAUUGCUCCUCCAGCUGCUGCUCCUGCUCCGCGCGGCUUCCGCCCUCCAUGCAACUGUAUUGCCUAGUCCAGCACCUAAUUCAUCAAAUCCCCGGGAAGUGAGAACGAUUGGACCUCGAAUUUCCCCGGCAUUUUCUCCUAGGGCACUGUCACCAGAAUCUCCUGGCAUUCCUGUGCAUCAUCAUUCGCACAAGCACCUGCACCAUAGAGAGUCAAAUCAUGCCCCCUCACCAUCCUCAUCUCCCCCUCCCGAAGGUUGUUCUAGCUAUAUUUGCACUGAACCAAUGACUGCAACACCGAUUGGUUCCCCCUGUGGUUGUGUGUUGCCUAUUAGUGUUAUCGUUGAUCUGGAUGUUGCUCCAUAUUUACUGUUCAUGCACAUAGCAGAAUUAGAAGUUGAUGUUGCAGCUGGGACAUUUCUUAAGCAAAGCCAGGUGAAGAUUAUGGCUGCAAUUGCAAGCAUCCAGGAUGACCAAAAGACAAGGGUGACCAUUUAUUUGGUGCCACUAAGAGAACACUUUGAUACUUAUACGGCAUCCCUAAUAUUUGAUAGGUUCAGGGAUAGGAAGGUUCAGAUAAAUUCAUCCAUUUUCGGAGAAUAUAAAGUUAUAAAUAUCAGCUAUCCAGGGUUGCGAUCCCUGUCACCAUCUCUGCCUUGGGGAUCGGAUCCUUCAGGAAGCGACGGAGAUCCUAUAACUGCAGAAGUGCCCAAUCAGAAGAAAAGGCGCAAGAAGUUAGAUAUUUGGAUCAUCGUGGUAGUGUCAGGGUCUUCUCUCACACUAAUGUUGGCAUGUGCUGGGAUCAUAAUUUUGAUAGUAAAAUGGACAAAAUUUGGACGGAUUCAUGAGGCUGUGAGCGCUGCAACAACCCCAGCAGUUAAUAGAAGAUAUGGCGCCAGAUCAACUUUGUCAACUAGCAUGGUGAGCUCUGCAUCAGCAUCGAUGCUUUCAACAGUGGCUACUUGCACGACAUCUGUAAAAACAUUUUCGCUAGCCCAGCUUGAAAAGGCCACAUAUGGUUUUAAUUCAAAACGAGUUUUGGGUCAAGGUGGAUUUGGACGUGUCUAUCAUGGGACGAUGGAAGAUGGAAACGAAAUUGCUGUUAAAUUGCUCACCAGGGAGGACAGGAGUGGAGUUCGUGAGUUCAUUGCGGAGGUGGAAAUGCUGAGUCGACUACACCACCGUAAUCUUGUCAAACUGAUUGGUAUUUGCAUUGAGCGGAACAAAAGGUGUCUUGUUUAUGAGCUCAUACGCAACGGAAGUGUGGAAUCUCAUCUUCAUGGUGCUGACAAGGCUAAGGGGAUGCUGAAUUGGGAUGUGAGGAUGAAAAUUGCUCUUGGGGCUGCUAGAGGCCUAGCGUACCUACAUGAAGAUUCAAACCCUCAUGUUAUACACCGAGACUUCAAGGCCAGCAAUAUAUUGUUGGAGGAAGAUUUCACUCCCAAGGUUACUGAUUUUGGUUUGGCAAGGGAAGCAUCCAAUGGAACUCAACCCAUAUCUACUAGGGUAAUGGGUACUUUUGGGUAUGUCGCUCCAGAAUAUGCCAUGACAGGACAUCUUCUUGUUAAGAGUGAUGUAUACAGUUAUGGGGUUGUCUUGCUGGAGCUUUUAUCCGGAAGGAAGCCCGUAUGCGUCUCUGAUUCCAAGGAUCCUGAGAACCUUGUGACUUGGGCUCGUCCUCUGCUAUGCAAUAAGGAGGGCUUGGAGACGUUAAUUGAUCCUUGUCUGGAUGGAAAGUUCAACUUUGACAAUGUAGCUAAAGUGGCAUCCAUCGCUUCCAUGUGCGUGCACACCGAUCCGUCACAGAGGCCAUUCAUGGGUGAAGUGGUCCAGGCAUUGAAGCUUCUCUACAAUGAUGCAGAUGAGGCUUGCGAUGAUUCUUACACCCCAAGGGAUUCAUCUGACCCAGACGGUGACUACCAAGGGGGCCUGGUCUUUGAGAGUGGCAGCUGGGGGUUUGGGGCCUCUGGGUGUUUAGACUACCGGAAUUCCUUACCAUUUGUAACUAUGGAGUACAGUUCUGGCCGAACAGAAGGACAGCAUGACCCUCGCGUGGGAUCAUCAGCGGGCUCCCAUGUGCAAUCACCAGUGCUGCAGAACAGAUCAGGCCCUUUGCGGGUGAAGAAAAAGCUUGCCUCCUUCUACCGUUCAAGAGGCAGCAUUAGUGAGCAUGGACACCUGCAGCGCCAUUGAUCAAUGAACUAGUGUUAGGCUGUUAGCUUCGGUUGACUUGGGAUUGAGGCAGAGGGGUUGUCAUCACCUCUCGAUGAUUCUUGCCUCAAGUUAGUGUACAGUUUCCGGUGACCCUUCGGUGUGGCGCCUUCAGUAUAGUUUUCAUUUGCCUUCUGCUUCCCCGGAAGCAAUGAGGAUGGGGUUGGCAGAUGCUCUCUAAUUUUGCAAAUUGCGGUUCAUUCCUCAUGCAUCUGAUUUAUGUAUUCUGGGUAGGAGAAGUUUGUUGCCGAAAUUCUGGGCAUCAUAUUGCUGUGCCUUGCUCUUGUACUGGAUGCGGGUCCUUGUAAACAGUGCUACUGAUCUUCCUCGCGUUGGCGAGGUGAACUAUAUAGCCGGCUCAGGUCCUCAUAGUCA